UCCCGACCCAGUACACAACAGUACUGUUCGGCAAGUCGUCGUGUGUACAUCGAAGCGAGCGAAGAAAUAUCUGUGCAUCAUUUGUGAUUUUCAGUUGCAACAAAGAAGCCAGCAGCAGCCACAAAGAGUUUUUUGAAUGUGCACAGUAUAGUUAGAGUAAAUUUUCGCAACGACUAGGAUCGCACUAGAAGAGCACCAAAACUACCGUCCCAAGGGCCUACCGAGUGCAUCGUCGAAAUUAUGAUAGAAAACUCCGAUCAGAGCAAAACGGAGCCUUCCUUGUCGGCGCAAUCGACGCCGAAACAUGUCCAGGAAUGGAAACCACCACUAGAGGAGGAAGAGUCGGCCGGAACGGACCAACAAAUGGCUCCUCUAGAGCCGCAGAAUCCUCGACUGCUCUCGUCGCUGUACAGCUUUCUCGUCAUAGUCAGCAUUUUUCUAGUAGGCUUUGCCGCCUUCCGUAACACUUUAACCUGGCAUCUGCAACGUUUCUGGGGUGCCUCUGGGGAGCUCUGGCAGUCGCAAUGGGAUCGGUUCAUCGAUUUUACCGGUGAAGAUCCCGCCACUCUGUGGGUGCUAAGCACAACUAUUUUCACCAUGUUCGUUUACUGGUUCUUCGGUGGAAUCUACACGAUGUUCGAUAUGACCUGCAAACCGGCAUGCAUUCGUCGCUAUAAGAUGCAACCUGGAAAAAACGAACCGGUCGACCGGAAGCGGCUGGCGAAGGUUAUUGCCACGGUACUAAUGAAUCAAACCGUAGUCGGCAUUCCGAUGGCCGUUUUAAUGUACCAGGCAAUGCGAUUUCGUGGAUUGAAUGAUCUCCGGGAGCUGCCUACUUUCCACUGGGUACUAGCCGAGCUGGCAUUCUGUAUCUUUAUCGAGGAAAUUGGCUUUUACUAUGCCCACCGAUUGCUACACAACCGGCACAUCUACAAGUUCAUCCACAAGCAGCACCACGAGUGGACGGCACCGAUCGCCAUCACCGCCAUCUACUGUCACCCGAUCGAGCACGUGUUCAGCAACUUGGUGCCGCCAUUUUUGGGGAUCUUCAUGCUCGGCAGCCAUGUCGCUGUUGCCUGGUUGUGGUUCACGCUGGUGAUUCUGUCAACGCUGAAUGCCCACUCGGGCUACCAUUUGCCGUUUUUCCCCAGUCCCGAGGCGCACGAUUUUCACCAUUUGAAAUUCAACCAAUGCUUCGGAAUACUCGGCGUACUCGACCGCCUGCACGGAACGGAUACGCUGUUCCGCAACACUAAGGCCUACGCGCGGCACAUUAUGAUGCUGAGCUUUAUACCGGCGCGGGAAGCCUUUCCGGAACCAGCCAAAAAGGUGUUCUAGAAAGAGGAAGCGCCCGGACAUGAUUUUACUAAGCCCAAUAGAAUAUACUGUAGCAGGAUGUUUUCACGACUAACAAAGCAGUUGUCAUCUUAUUGUGUUUCGCACUGAAUACUCUACCGAAAUGUGGACUAAAAACUAUCGAAAUCGUAAAGCAAAACUAGUCAUCAUAUGUAGUAGAGGCGUAGCCAAAGUUUUAGCAUGAGGAUAAGAGAGAGAAAAAAAACACA